AUGGCCACUGAGAACCCCGCCAAAAAGCUCAAGGUGGAGGCGCCCUUGAUUGGGACACACAGCGGCCACUUCCACGCCGAUGAGUCCCUCGCUGUCGCCAUGCUGCGGCUGCUGCCCACCUACCUCGACUCCCAGCUCGUCCGCACCCGCGACCCCGCCCAGCUCGCGACAUGCCACACCGUCGUCGACGUAGGCGGCGAGUACGACGACAGCAGCAAGCGCUACGACCAUCACCAGCGCGGCUUCGACACCGUCUUCCCAGGCCACAGCACCAAGCUCUCCUCGGCGGGGCUCGUCUACCUGCACUUUGGAAAGGACAUCAUCACCACGGUGACUGGCCUACAAGGGCAAGACCGCGAUAUCCUGUUUGAGAAGCUGUACACGGACUUCAUUGAGGCCUUUGAUGCCAACGACAACGGUGUCAACGUUAUUGCGCCCAAGGAUCUGGCGCAAGCGGGGUUGGAGAAGAAGUUUGAGGAUCGCGGCUUCAGCAUUGCGAGCGUCGUCAAUCGUUACAACUAUGGGCCCCGCUCUGCCAGCGCUGAAGAGACCAAAACCCCCGAGGCAAAGCAGGCCGAGGAGGACAUGCGCUUUUCCAAGGCAUCUCAGUUCGUCGGCGAGCAGUUCUUGCUCGAGCUGACCGACCGCGCCAACUCAUGGCUGCCCGCUCGUCACCAGGUCAAGCAGGCAUACGACGCACGGUUCCAGUACGAUGCGCAAGGUCGCAUUCUGGUCCUUCACGAGGGCAUGCCCUGGGCCGAUCACAUGUACACCCUCGAGAAGGAGGCAUCCAUCCCAGCGGGCGUCGCACCGCAAGUCCUGUACGUUUUGUUCCCUGAAGACCAACCCGAAGGAAAGUGGCGCAUUCGAGCUGUCAGCAAAGAGAACGGUGGCUUUGAAAACCGCAAGGACCUGCCAGACGCGUGGAAGGGUGUCCGCGAUGAGCAGCUGGACCAGGUCUCUGGUAUCCCCGGGUGUGUCUUUGUGCAUGCUGCUGGCUUCAUUGGCGGCAACAAGUCGUUCGACGGCGCGCUGGCUAUGGCGAAGAAGGCGCUCGAACUCUAG